AUGGUUGAAUCUGGUUAUUCAGGCGGUGAUUUCAUCACUAGUUUCUCUCCGGGGGCUAAUUUUUUUGCAUUUCAAUCCAAUAGGUCUCAAAAGAACUCUAUUGAAUUGUAUCCAUUGCAAGAUAUCAAUAACCUUCAAAUCACAAGUUCUCAAGUUCAUCAGAUUGACUAUGAGAAUUAUGAUUUGCUGGUUUCUGAAGUCAAGCUGCUUACCUGGUGUAACAAUAACAUACCUACAGAGAAUAACGCUAAAACUAGAAGUGUAAAAAGAAGAGGUAACGAAGAGAUACAAAGUGAAAGAACGGAACAGUACUUUGUAAAUGUAUUCCCUAAGGGUAAAAUUGUGGUAUACUCUUCAAAUGGUAAAGAAAUUAUAAACAUUAUCCAAAACAAGAAAGACAUUCUUGGCAUUGAUUCUAAUGAAGAUGUAAUCUGGAUUUUGGAUGAUGAGAAAACGGUUAAAAGGUUCAAUUAUACUACUUCAAAACCAUUGCAAACUUUUCAUUUGACGGAUGGGAAAAAUGACGAUAUUAUAAACUUUCAAUUGUUGAGGUUCCCUAACAAGCUACUCUUGGCCAUAACAACUGAAGAGGUCAUCUACAUUAUAGAUCCAUCAAAGAAGAGACCUUCUACGUUUGCUAAGAUUGAAAACUUUGGCUCCAUAUCCUGUACUGUAUAUGAUGAAGACCAUGUUGUGAUUGCCGAUGUUUCGAAGGUUAUUCUUUACUCUUUGUCAGAGAAGAAAUCCAUCAUGGAAUGGAAUAUUGAGUGCGAGAAAGUCAAAGUCCACGAUGACACAAUUGUAGUAUUGGAUGUAUCAGGAAAUAUCAAAGUUUUAUCAGCAAAAUCUGAAGAACCAUUGGCUUCCGUUAAGGUCGAAAACUCUGAAAUUUUAGAUUUCGAAUUAAAAGAGGAUAGUAUAGUUUUGGCUUGGAUUGACGUUAAUGAACCUAAGUUCGAAGUGAUAUCAAAGUCACAACUAGAGGAAAAGAAAGAAUUCGCCUUUAACUCAACGAGUCCCAUAGAUACGGUGUCAGAGAUUACAGAAGAAACUGUAAAUAAAGAUAAACCAGAGUCGAACAGAAAGGUUUCGAAAAAAGAACAAAAUGAGACAGCCCAAAUGCUUAUUUCAGCUCUUGUUGAUUCCGAUUCAAAUCCAGUCCAUAUACUAGACCUGUUAUUACAGCCAGCAUGGACGGAUCACAACAUUCAUUUGUUUGUCAGAGAUGAUGUGAAUGCAGAUAUCGUCAAUAAACUAUUUGACGUCCUUGCGAAACAUAUAUCAGCAAAUCCAGCUUCUACCGGACAGGCAUCAACAUGGCUAAAAUGGUUAUUAACACUUCGUAGAUCUCAAAUCAAGAGCAUAAACUCCAACACAAACAAGCUCACAAAGCGUCUAAGGUCUUCUUUAAGGACAAGCGCUGAGUCUCUUCCAACCCUUCUAUCUAUUCAAGGUAAACUUGAAAUGCUAGCAGGUCAAUCCUUAUUAAGAAAGCAGUUUGCAAGUAUGGACGUAAAUCAAGAAACCUCUAGCGACGUUCAAAAUGGAGAACAAGACGAUGAUGCUGAAGCCGGGUUUUUGUUCGAAAACGGUGAAGCUGACGAGUUGGACGACCAAUCUCAAGAAUUACAAAACUAA